UCCUGAACCGAAUUGCAAAUUUGCAACUCUGUCUCUCACGCGCACGGGAGUAAAGUCUAUUUAUAAAAACGAGGGCUUGCAAUGUGGGAGAAACUUGUCUCUCAUUGCGGCUGUUAGCUCUCCUUGUUCAAGUUUUCUGACUCAUUCAAUACUAAAACUUCAAUCUUGUUUCAAGAAUCUCUCCUUUUCACGAUUGUUUCCAAUCCCAUUACACCUAAUUUCCCCGAUUCAAAAGGAGAAAUAUUAAAUAGCGCAUCCCCGCACGAAACGGACGUCAAGCCAAGCUCCCUUCUGCCAAUUUGCAGUAAUUCAUAUGUAUUCUUCAUUGUUUUCUCUCCCAAGUUAAUAUCUGAUCCACUUUUUCUAGAGCCAGUCAGUGUUGAAUCGCUUGAAUCUAUGGGGGAAGCUCCAGCUUUUCUUGUGGAGGAUCUCAAGAGUAAUUUAACCAACGGUUUUCACUUGAAGUCGAAGGGGUGUGAAACUGCUGUUGAUGUUGGUUGUAAUAGAACGUAUGUCAUUGGUGACCCUAAGAGCGAAUCAUUGGCUGUUCGUGUUUUUGAUAAGUCGACUAAUGAAUGGGUUUUCCCCAUUGUGUUGGGAACAAAACCUAAGGCAUCAAGGGGCCACUCAGCUGUCGUCUUAGAUCAGGAUCGAGUUCUGGUCAUUAGGGGGGGCACGUCCUCUGAGGAUUGCUUUUGGUUUCUGGAGGUUAAUACUGCGUUUGUGAGAGAACAGAAGGCAAGAUUGGGGACUGAGGUGGUUGCAUGGAGUAAAGGAGUGAUUGGUGAAGCUGAAAAACCUAUUGUCAUCAGCGGUCCUUCCGGUGUUGGUAAGGGUACGCUCAUUGCCAAACUGAUGGAAGAAUUUCCAUUGAUGUUUGGGUUCUCAGUAAGCCACACCACUCGUGCUCCAAGGAAUAAUGAGCAGAAUGGAGUCCACUACCAUUUCAGUGAGCGUGGUGUCAUGGAGAGAGACAUAGAUGGUGGGAAAUUCCUCGAGUUUGCAGCUGUCCAUGGGAACCUAUAUGGAACCAGUGUAGAAGCUGUUGAUGUCGUUGCUGAGAAAGGAAAGAGAUGUAUCCUUGACAUUGAUGUUCAAGGGGCAAGAUCCGUGAGGACUAGCUCUCUGGAAGCCAUUUUUAUCUUUAUCUGUCCUCCCUCGUUUGAGGAGCUAGAGAAACGCCUUCGUGCAAGGGGGACUGAGGUUGAGGAACAGAUCCAAAAACGACUCAGGAAUGCUAAGGCGGAACUCGAGCAGGGAGCAUCGCCUGGCCUCUUUGAUCAUAUAUUGGUUAACGAUGAUCUUGAGAAAUGCUAUGAAAAGCUUAAGGUGCUCUUAGGCCUCACAAAUGCUGUCAAGACCACCCCAAAAUCAGAGUUGGUCCAUGUUCCUGUAGAACACACAGGUUUGAAAAUUGGGGAGAAGAUAGUGAUGAAGUGCGGCGCAGCAGAGCAGGAAAGGUUUGUGCUGGAUUUGGGUUUGAUCAGGGGCGGGGCGCCUGGGAGGACAAGGGGCCUAAAGAUCGGUGCAGCGGAAGAGCUGUCUGACUCUGAGCUAGGGUUUCUUGGCUAACAAUUGUUGUUUAUUUAUCUUUUUCAGCACAUUUGUUUUAGUGAAAGCUGAGUUGGGAUUCUGAAGCAUAGAAUUUUGAAGUGUGGUCUGAAUGAGAAAGAGAGAGAGCAUGCUGUGGGUGCGGCUAAGAAUGGCUAAUUGUUAUAUUUUAAAGUUAUGAAUUUGAUGUUGCUUCCUUUUA